AUCAUCAGUGUUGCGAAAUUUAUUCACCUUUUCAAGAUAAACCUAUCUAAAUUGUAAUGAAGAGAAACGCAUUCAUCAGUCUUUAGCUUUUAUUAUAUAUAGAUAACUCUCCCGACACUUCUACUGAAGGUUAUCAGUUUACAUCAUUUGAUUAUAUAUGCUUAAUGUCUCUAACCGUACAAGUGCUUCCAUUACCCCAUAGGAGAUUUAACGAGUCGACAUGCUAUCUAUAUUAGAUACACAUCAAUCAACCGCUAUUGCUGUCUCUAUCGAGCCUCCGCAAAUCACCAAAAAAAAUGCUAGAUAACAUGUUUGAAUUACUGGCAAUAUUUUGCGGUAGUGCAAUAUUGCCAAAUAAACGUUAAACAAUCAGAAUCUUAUCUCACUCGACCUAUACCCGUGUGGAUAUGAGUACAACACCUCCAACAGCCCGCUCCCUUAUCUAACUCGUUUGCUUAUCUCCUCUCCCGAAACACUGACUGACUGUGCCAAUUUGAGACAGCACCUAUUAGAUAGUAAACCCCUUCGAACCAACAGUUAUUGUCCAAAGUUCAUCGCGCUCGAUUGGUGUUUCUCUUUCGCAAUAUGUUCGGAUUGCGCCAAGCAGUUGUCGUCUUGAUUGUGGCGCUGGGUCCCAGUGCGGACGGGUCCGUUAUUCUCCAGCGGCAGGAUCCACCGGAUACGGUCAUAAAUCUUCAAGGUUUGGGCUUGAUUCGCGGUAGCUUGGGGCAGACGGCUCGCACCAAUCAGACGAUCAUUCAGUUCUACAACAUUCCAUAUGCGGAGGCACCAAUCGGGUCACGGAGAUUCAAGGCCCCGGUGAAGAUCGGCACUUGGACCGACGUGCUGAAUGUGACUGAACCGGGUCGGGAAUGUCCGCAACCGGUGGAAGGCAUGAACCAGGACAACGAAGACUGCCUGACGCUGUCGGUGUUUACCAAGGAUACAACCGGCAACUAUUCGGUUAUGGUGUAUAUCCAUGGUGGGUCGUUCUACUUGGGGGCAGCAGUUCAACAUCCACCGAACUAUUUGCUGGAGCGGGAUGUUGUGUUGGUGGUGAUCCAGUACCGUUUGGGUCCGCUUGGUUUCCUGUCGACUAUGAGUGAAACGAUUCCUGGCAAUGCUGCAAUGUUGGAUAUGAUUAUGGCGCUGGAGUGGGUUCAGGAUCAUAUUGCUGAUUUUGGAGGAAACCCUUCAAAAGUGACGGUCUUCGGACAGUCAGCAGGAGCCGGAGCCAUUUCGGCACUGUUGUAUAGUCCACUGGUUUCGCAGAGAUUGUUCGACCAGGUUAUACUACAAUCAGGAGGAUCGAUAUCAACUUGGGCCAUAGACCCCAAUCCGGUAGCCAAUACUAUCGAUAUUGCCAAAUUUGCUGGGUGCAAUGUGAGUCUGACUUUGGUGCAGAUCGAACAGUGCUUGAUGACGGUUGGUGUCACAGAAUUGGUCCAAGCCCUACCGCUGCAUUCUGCUAGUCAGUAUGCUUCCUACGGUAUGGAGAACAUCGGUGGCUGUGGAAUGGUUAUAGGAGGACCUUCGGGUUUUCUCACUCAGAGGCCUCUAGAAUACGCUAAACAAGGUGAAAUACGUCGUGACGUGCGGAUGAUGGGUGGCGUAACUAAGCAGGAUGGAUCAUUCGUGGUCAACAGCAUCUAUGACGUACUGGUGGCUACAGGAAUGAUAAACAAUACCAAUUAUAUAAAAUACGACAUGUUGGAUAUGAUAAAUCGUUUUGCCGGCCUAGACGACCCCUCUGGAGCUCUGGUGGCAUUUGAAAUUGAAUCUUUAUUCACCGGCGAUGAGCUCAAGAGCGGCAAUUUCACCCAGAUGGUCGACGGGCUGAUCGAUAUUCUCGGAGCGAUUGUUAUCAAAGGUCCCCUUCUAAGAGAUAUCCAGACGAACGUGCGGUACAGUGAAAAAGAAACUUAUCUGUACACAUUCGAUUACGAUGGAGAGCACACCAGAUUCGGCUAUGGAGAAGACACCUCGCACUACCCCUUUGAAGGAGGCAUUCACCACUCCAACGAUAACAUUUAUCUGUUCCCGUACCCAGAGUUUGCAACGGUGCUCAAUACGGCUGAUACGAAGAUGUCAGAAAUAAUGAUUGAUCUGUGGACUUCAUUCGCCAUCAAUGGAGUUCCGAGUUCGAAAGACAUGCCCGAGUGGCGUCCCGUCAACAGCGUAAUUGGGCCUUACAUGCACAUCAAUGUUCCGGCAACGAUGGGUGAAAACUUUUAUAGGGAAUUCACAGUAACUGCUACGGUUGAGUCAAGCGCUUCUCGAAUUGAAUUCUUAUCUCUGUUGUUUGUGCUCAUACUUACAGGAAUUGUUUCACAAUGGAAUUAAUAUCCAAUAGUCCUAAUAAGGGGCACUCAAAAUGAAACAAUUUUACAUUGCUCGAAAAGGACGUAGCAGACUUUAUUUGUUAAUUUCUUGGCGUCAAUCCUGUAACAAAAUUUUAUUUUAUCAAUCUUUAAGUAGUAAACCAUAUGCAUGCUUCAAUGUGAGUUCAAAUAACAAAUAGCUCUAGAAAAUUCAAUUGACCUAAGCUUUCCUGAAGAUUUAAAAAAGGAUUUUAUAUUGUGAGUAUUAUUGUUCAAUUGGUUUUAUUCAUUGAAAAAAAUAUAUAAAAUACAAAAAUACUGGAAGAUUUUAAUGAUUAGAAUUAAUGUUGGAGUUUAAUUUUUAGGGUAUUGUAUAUGAAGAAACGUGAAGGGCUUCCUAAACUACAAUUACUUCUAGCAAAAACAACACCGCCAUUCCGAGCGAUGACAUCCACAGCCAUGCUUGAACCAACAUAAGUGCCAAUAGUACCGGAUGGACUUACUUAAGGUGGACCACACUUAUAUGAACAAAU